CCGUAGCAACCGUGGCUUUGUGCGGAACGUUUCUUUCUCCACUAAUACAUGUUUCUACACGGACACAUUUCUAAUUGGACACAAAUGGACGCAAAGCAAAGAGCAGAGGAGCCUAAUAUUUUUGUUUUGCGGUGUUGAAGAUGCCUGGACUGUCAAACGUAGAGCGAGCUGGAUGUGCAAAGAUACUGGCGUUAAUGCCAAAAGGUGACGUACUGUCUCUGUGUGACACCGUCACCAACAAGAUGAUCGUUGUGGAAAACCUGACAGAGGCCAUGGAAACAAUCCUCUCCUUCACUAAAGAUGCUGAGGAGUUCCUGAAAAGGAAGAAGGUUCAACGCGACCUCAUAUUCAAGUAUCUGGCCAAAGAGGGUGUGAUAAUUCCCCCGAACAGCGAGAAACACCAGCUGGCGAAAAGGGCACUGGAGCUCUGGUCGUCUGGGAAGGCCGUGGUUGACCAAAGUCUUCCAAGACAGACAGAUGAGACCAGACAGAGACCGACGUCCACACACGUGAAUGUCGAGGUGGGCUUUGACCCACUGGCCCUCGGCCAUCAGUUCUGCCAGUGGUUCUUCCAACUCUUAAACAGUCACAACCCCUCGCUGGGCCAGCCGCCUCAGGACUGGGGACCACAACACUUCUGGCCAGAUGCAAAGCUAUGCCUCCUCGCCAGAGCUGGCAGCGUACAGAUGGAGGAUUUCCAUGGUGCUGAUCUGGUUAGCCGUCGUCUCCAAGCCUUGACUAAGCAAGAGCACCUCCUCCUCAGUCCCAACCUGGAGCCUCUCGGCCUCAGGACGCUGGCCUCCCCCCACGGCCUGGUACUGGUGGCUGUAGCCGGCACCAUCCAUAGAAACGGAGUCUGUCUGGGCAUCUUUGAGAAAAUAUUUGGCCUCAUCCGCUCCCCGCUGGAGAACAACAGCUGGAAAAUCAAGUCUGUCCACCUGAAGAUCAAAGGGCAGGAUGCUCUGGGUGGGAAAGAGAUAGUAGCGCCUGCUUUGAGUUACAGCUCCACCACUGAAAUGCAGCUCCUCUGCCGCUCAUGACACUCUUUCUUUCAUAUUCUUUAUCCUAUAAUGUCCAGGCAGUUUGUUUUCAGAGAUUGGAACCCAGCGACCUGUACUUGACAAACCUCUCUCCUGCCUUUUUGUUUAGCAUGUCAGUAUGUACAGGUAGGUGGACACUGUUGCAUCUAAAUCUACUUGGCACAUCAUUGAUGUAACAUAAAGACACGACAAAGCUUGAGAGAAGGUUCCCUUAUUGGUUUCUGCUGCAUCUUUUUGUGGAAUUCUUUUUUUUAUUAAAAUAUACUGUACAUUGAUGCAAAGUUUGACUUUGGCAUCCGUGCCUUUCGUACGAUAAAAUGCAAAUGGAUGUGCUUUUGUAAAUAUGUAUCAUAUAUAUAUAAAGGUUAUAUUAACACUUGGGUACACUUUAUGCUCUGUAAUGACAGGUAGGUCACUACUUGCAAACAGAAGAAAUAUUGUGUGUGUGUGUUCAAAUGGCUCUACAUGGUCAAUUAAAAUUGAUUUUGAACAUAA